AUGAAAGAGGCCAAAGCAAAAGAACUUGGGAUGGGGACACCACCUUCUCGCAACUUCCAGCAUCUCUCAAUGGGGACAAUCAGGAAGGCGCAUCACCUCUUUGAGUUGGAAGAAAUGCAAGAUACGGAGAAGAGAGAAAGGGAAGAUUGUGAUGAGAUUGGGAACAUGACUCGCUCUGACGGAUGUUUUAAGCUAGACAACCUGAAAACAGAUAGAGAUAAAGAAAAGAAAAAAGGGAAGGAAAAAACGGAUGCUUUUCUCAAGGAAAUCCAGAGGUAG